AGUCCCAGAAAGUUAGAUGUCAAAUGUUUUCUUUUAUGGAACAGUCUAUAAGUAAAGAAUAAGUAAUAAGGGAGAGUUGACAAGAAAGUAGAAGGCAGACUUUUAGAGAUGGACAAGGGAAGGGAAGGAGAGAAAGGGUAGCGUAGGGGUGAAGGAUUUAUGUACCCGUCGACUGACACGAGUCACAGCAGUCUGCAUUACUCACAUGUACCAGUAAGUACAAAAGACAAAAAGCAACACAAAGACCUACAUGGAAGGAUAUGUUACAAAGUACUAGCCCAGUAUUGUUUAGAAGAGUCAAGGUUCUGAACAACUGAGGAUUUGCUGAGGCUUGGGGAGAAGUAAGGAGACAGAACAGCAAGUGCAGUGUGGGGUCCCAGACUGGAUCCUGGAGCAGAAAGGGACAUUGUUGAGAAAAAAUGGUGAAUCCUAGUCAUGUGUGUGCUUGGUAUCAGUGUUGUGCCCAGGCUAAUUUCUUGUUUUGGUGACUGGGCUGUGGGUGAGAUGGUAGCACCAAAGGGUUAAGGGUAUACAGAAACGCUGGUGUUUUUGCCACUCUUCUGCAAAUCUAAAUGAUCUGAAAAUAAGUUUUUAAAAACCUGCAAUCAUACUACACUUUGUAGUUGCCAUUCUGCUCUGCUGUUGUUUAUUAGUCACACUGCGUGCAUGGAGGGAAUCCAGAAUUACAGGGAUGCUUUUCCAUUGGCCUUUGAAAUGUAUGGCUUCCACUCCCGCCCUCAGAUUUGCCAUGGGCUAAGGUUAACGAAGUAUAGGAUGGGAGAAAUUUGGAAAACUUUUAAACAUUUUCUGAAAAACAAGUUCUAUUUCUGAAAGACUCGCUUGACUUUUAGUGGCCACUUUUAGUGGGAUGCGGAGAGUUGGCUGAGAACGCAGGGAUAGAAUGUGGAGGAAGCAGCCGCCCUUCCGUCUGGAGGUCUGUGGGACGCAUUCUUGAGGCCCAGAAGAGGCAAGUGAGGUAUUACGGCAAAUCUAUGUGGGGUCCUCGAAAGCAGGACUGUCUGUUUAGCUCCCUUACUCCCCAGUUUGGGCAUAACAAGUAUUCAGUAAAUACUUGCGAAGUUAGGCCAAUGUGUGGCUACUUUUGGGUAAACUACUUACAUUAUUUUUUAAAAUAAAGACCUUUUGAAACACACUGUUUAUGUAAACAGGCUGGUGCUUCACAUUCUAUCGUAAGCUGGUGAGAAGGAUGUUUCUGUGGAAAUUGCCAUUUUGAGAUCCUACCUGGGAGGGUGCACCGAGCUCUACUUAACUGCUGGCUCUGGUACCUCUGCCUCCUCGACAGGGAGUGGAGCUUCGGGGGACUUUGCCCUGUGAUGGCCUUGUCUGCUGCCCUGCUCGGUGCUCUCUUCAAGCUGCCCGCUGUCCCCAGGGCACAGCAUGUCCUUUAGGCCCAGCUGCUGCUGUCGUAUUUCCUGCCCUGUAGGCAUCCUCACCUCUCUUCUCUGAAAAACUCCUGCCUACUUUCAGGAUGUGGGUCAAGAGACGUUUUCUCUGAGCUCUUCUGUACUGCACGGACACCAUCUCUCUCCAGCAGGUGCUGUUUCUUCUCCUGGUGUGUGGUGCAGGUGGCCUGCAUGACAGGGCAGGGCCACCACAGACUGCAUCCGUCAGACUGCGUCAGUCAAGGCUCCCAGCAGGACGUGCUCUGCCAGACCCUGUGGUCAGGCUGACCCGGCUGUAGCUCGGGUCAGGCCGGAAAGAGUUGCAUGGUGUGGCCAGCUGCUUUUGUUCUGUGAUCCUCCUGGAGCUCUCUGCUGUGCCUGGCUCUGUGUGGGGCAGAAAUGAAACACAGAGUGUCCCCAGAGGCCCGUGUGUGAAAGGCAGACCUUGGACUGGCGUCAAGAUGAGCAUCCUCUCCUUACAAGGCGCAUUUGACAGUGCAGCUGGCUCCCACCCACAUGGAUCCCGGGCCUUGAAAUAUGUGUGUGAUGGACAGCAGAGGCCAUUCCUUCAGACGCUGCCUGUCCUCACCACACACACCCUCCAGCACGGAGAUGAGGUCUGUCUGCAGCUGGUCAUCACAAGAGCUGUGCAGGGCUCAUCCUGAUGAAUGUGUGCAAGGUGCUCCAGUGCCAGAGUGCAAAUUCACCUGCACCAGCGGUAAAUGCUUGUAUCUUGGUUCACUGGUCUGUAACCAACAGGAUGACUGCGGGGACAACAGUGACGAAGACAACUGUCUCCUGGUGACUGAGCAUCCGCCUCCGGCCAUCUUCAAUUCGGAGCUGGAGUUCGCCCAAAUCAUCAUAGUCAUCGUGGUGGUCACCGUGAUGCUCGUGGUCAUCGUCUGCCUGCUGAGCCACUACAAGGUCUCCACGCGCUCCUUCAUCCAGCGCCCGAGCCCAGGCAGGCGUCGAGGGGAAGGGCUGCCGCCGGAGGGGCACCUGUGGCCUCCAGAUGCUGCUGUGCUGCGGCCCGGGGCCUCAGAGGUCCCCUGCCCCCCGACUGUCACCACGGCUUUCCUAUCGCCCCUGCAGGUCACCUUCGCGCCGUGGGACCGCUUCGGCCGCCCGGCCCCGGCCCUGGCCCUGUCGUAUGCGCGGCCCGACCUGCACCUGCCGCCCACCAUCUCGCUGGCAGACGGCGAGGAGCCGCCCCCGUACCUGGGCGCCCGCGCGCUGCGCCUGCGCGACCCCGAGCAGCAGCGCGAGCUCAGCCGCGAGUCCGUGCGCGCGCCGCCCAACCGCACGGUGUUCGCCGGCGGCCCUGGGGCCUCGUGCCCGUGCCCGCCCAGCAGCCGCGCGGGAGUCAGCGCCGCUGCCCACUGCGGCCCAGGGCACAGCGGGCCGGGCGGGGCGUGCGGGGCCGGGCCGCCGCCGCCCUACAGCGAGGCGACCGGGACCUCGCGGCGCACACAGGACCAGGACCGCAGGCCCGGGGACCCCGCCUGACCCCGCCGGGGUCCCUGCCUCCUUCCGGGUCAGACCCGAGCAGACCCCGGGCAGGGGCCCCACCCCAGGGGUCGCGCUAGUGUCCCUAAGGUCACCUCCGGAGGACAGGACGGACAGGCGCGAGGCGGCGGAGGGACCUCGCGGACCGGCAGCGGGCGGCGACCCUGAGGUCGGGGCCGCAGGGGCGCUCGUGUGCUAUUCAGACCGCAUCCCGGAUCCCGGGUCCGCCUGCCGUUCUGGGCCCGGUCCUGCCCGCGAGAGCGCAGG